CGGAUACAGCUUCGCAUUGUUGGCAAUUUUCCAAAUAAAUUACGCCCUCUGGCUUUUCGCAUCUUUUUGGACUGCUGAAGAUGGCCUGGCACGACAAGGACAGCUGGCUCACUGCAGCAUUCGCCCCCAACAUCUCCACCAUUUUGAUCUCCUUCCUCGUUGCUAUCACGCUUCCGAUACUCUUGCACCGUUGGAUUUACAGGAGAGCCACACCUACUACACUACCCACUUUCCUCUUGAUUGGACCCAGCGGUGCCGGAAAGACUGCUCUCGCUACUCUCAUCGAGCGCAGCUCCGUCGUUCCCACCCACACGUCCACGGCUCCCCUCUCGAUCGAAACCCUCCUCCCAGAACCAUACGUACCCGCCUCUGCGCACUACCGCUCCGCCGGCGACCCCGCCUACGAACGAGCCCGCCGCUUCCUCCUCCUCGACACCCCCGGUCAUGGCAAGCUCCGCCACUUCGCCACCAAAGAGCUUUCCAACCCCGAAAAUGUGCGCGGUAUCAUCUUCGUUGUCGAUGCUGCCGCCGUAGCUGACUCGGCUGGUCUCACUGAGUCGGCGGAGUACCUUCACGAUGUGUUGCUCUCGCUGCAGAAGCGAUACACGGGUGCGAAGACGAGCAAGGGCCCCAAGGAGAUUCCCGUUCUGAUCGCAGCCAACAAAUUGGAUCUAUUCACUGCGUUACCCGCGCACCUUGUCAAAUCACACCUCGAGAAAGCGGUUUCCGCCGUGAGGAAGAGCAGAGCGAAGGGACUGAAGGACAGUGCCAUUGCGUUGGGCGGUGGUGACGAAAACGCGAUUGAGGACGAUAGGGAGAACGAGUGGCUCGGUGAGGGUGGAGAAGGCGAGUUCGAAUUCAGGCAGAUGGAAGAGGUGGGAACUGGCGUUGUGGUCAGGGGAGGUAACGUACUGGGUGACGGGGGUGCGGAUGUCAAGGCCUGGUUUGAGUGGGUUGGUGAGCAAUUGUGAUGGCUUACAAUCUGCACGAAGACAUUUUGUUUAUUCGGGGGUUCCAAUCCGCCGGCCGGCGACACUUCCCGUGCUGCCCUAGGCUGGGGAUAUGUCAGUGAAAACGCAGGUGCACCACAUCCACACUCUCCCAUACUCUGUACAGUAGAUCACACCGAAACAAUCUCACACCACACGAGCACCAAGAUACCCGUACCAUUACAUAGACAUAAUACAAAACAAGAUUUAAACACC